UGGUUGAUAUCACAACAAAUCCCACAGUUUGAAGAUGUUAAAUUUGAGGCAGCAAGCCUGUUGUCAGAGCUGUAUUGUCAAGAGAACUCUGUGGAUGCAGCAAAGCCACUGCUGCGGAAAGCCAUUCAGAUCUCACAACAGACGCCAUACUGGCACUGCCGCCUGCUCUUCCAGCUCGCCCAACUGCACACACUGGAGAAGGACCUGGUAUCAGCCUGUGACCUCCUGGGCGUGGGUGCUGAGUAUGCCCGAGUGGUGGGAUCUGAAUAUACACGGGCACUAUUCCUGCUCAGCAAGGGGAUGUUGCUGCUGAUGGAGCGUAAACUGCAAGAGGUGCACCCACUGCUCACGCUGUGUGGGCAAAUCGUGGAGAACUGGCAAGGCAACCCCAUCCAGAAGGAGUCAUUGCGUGUCUUCUUCCUGGUGCUGCAGGUGACCCACUACCUGGAUGCUGGGCAGGUGAAGAGUGUCAAGCCAUGUCUGAAGCAGCUGCAGCAGUGUAUCCAGACCAUCUCCACACUGCAUGACGAUGAGAUCCUGCCCAGCAACCCCGCGGACCUCUUCCACUGGCUGCCUAAGGAGCAUAUGUGCGUGCUCGUCUACCUGGUCACAGUGAUGCAUUCGAUGCAGGCUGGCUACCUAGAGAAGGCACAGAAGUAUACAGACAAGGCACUCAUGCAGUUGGAAAAGCUCAAGAUGCUAGACUGCAGCCCCAUUCUGUCAUCCUUCCAAGUGAUCCUGCUGGAGCACAUCAUCAUGUGCCGUCUCGUCACAGGCCACAAGGCCACUGCACUACAGGAGAUCUCUCAGGUCUGCCAGCUGUGCCAGCAGUCCCCCCGUCUCUUCUCCAACCAUGCCGCUCAGUUGCACACACUGCUGGGCCUGUACUGUGUCUCCGUGAACUGUAUGGACAAUGCAGAAGCCCAAUUCACCACAGCCCUACGGCUCACCAACCACCAGGAGCUAUGGGCCUUCAUUGUGACCAACCUUGCGAGUGUGUAUAUACGGGAAGGAAAUAGACACCAAGAGGUACUGUACAGUUUGCUUGAGAGGAUAAACCCAGACCACAGCUUCCCAGUCAGCUCACACUGCCUGCGAGCGGCAGCUUUCUAUGUUCGAGGACUCUUCUCCUUCUUUCAGGGCCGCUACAAUGAAGCCAAGCGAUUUCUUCGAGAAACUCUAAAGAUGUCGAAUGCAGAGGACCUGAACCGCCUCACAGCCUGCUCCCUUGUACUGCUGGGCCACAUCUUCUAUGUGCUGGGGAAUCACAGGGAGAGUAAUAACAUGGUGGUGCCUGCCAUGCAGCUGGCCAGCAAGAUCCCAGACAUGUCUGUGCAGCUGUGGUCAUCAGCCCUCCUGAGAGAUCUAAACAAGGCGUGUGGGAAUGCCAUGGAUGCCCAUGAGGCCGCACAGAUGCACCAGAACUUCUCACAGCAGCUGCUGCAGGACCACAUUGAGGCCUGCAGCCUCCCAGAGCACAACCUCAUUACGUGGACAGAUGGCCCACCCCCUGUGCAGUUCCAAGCUCAGAAUGGACCCAACACUAGCCUGGCCAGCCUUCUGUGAGCCCCGUAUGGCCUGUGUCCCCAAGUUGGACCCAACACUGGAGCUCUCUGGGAACAAAACCACCAGGGUAUCCACCAGCCCCUCACCAUUGUCCAGAGCUAAGUCCCAGGAGUACUGGGAGCCAUCAUCUGCCUCUGAGGGCGACAGCCAGUCCUACCUGUACCAGGACUCAGUGGCAUCUGUUGGAGGGGACUGAUGACAUAACCUGUGUGUGUCUCAUCUGAGGAACAGGAUGACAGUCUCUGUCGGGGCAUCAUUAGACUGCUCAACCAAACCUUGGUGCCCACUACCUAAGUGCAACUGCACCAAGUAGCCUCCAGUCCAGGACAAGCUGAGGGGAGAGCAAUAACCCUCAUUUUCCUGCUGUUCUUCCAGUGUCCCUGCACUCAGGGACCUCUGAGGACCUGGAAGUCAGCCUCUCAACAACUGUUCCUGGAAGGGGCCCCAGUGUGGAGAAGGAGCCUGGGACAAGGCAUGCAUGUGCAGUUGGUGUAGCUGUGACCUUGUCCCAGAGUGCCCUCGGCAAGCUCCUCUCUCAUAUUCAACAUCACCUCUUGGCCCUGCCAGGGCCCUCGGCAAAGUCCGCUGGACCUGAAUGAAGGAGCUUCCUUCCUGGCAGCUAUGUGGCCUUUUCAGAGAGGACAGCUAUGAGACCACCUCAACUCCUUCUCUUGGCUUGAGGACUACACCAAGGGUGGCACAGACUUGUGGUACCUGGGCAGGUGCUCUCUUGGAUGGCAAAUGUGGUGCUUGGGAGCUGUCACCCAGGCACCAUGAAGGCUGCUUCUCAGAGCUUUGGAGUCCAUGACUGAAGGGACAAGGCUCCAAGGCCUUUGUGGACAUCCUCAUGGAGCCAUGUGGCAGCCUCUGCCCACAGCCAGGCACCCCCACCUUUUCUGUCUUCCUGCAACCCCUUGGGUCCCAGGGACCUUCUCAGUGUCUGUAUCACAGCCCAGCCUAUUUAUUUUUUUGUUUUUGUUGUUGUUUUUAUUUUUUGGUUUUUUUUUUUUUUUUUUUUUUUUUUUUUUUUUUUGCUUCUAGGGCAUUUUGUAUAUAGAGCAAUUCAGACAAGAACCUUGCAACUUAACACCUGUCCUGAUGUUAAGAGUGCUUUUAGUGACCAUGUCUCAGGCAUGUGACAGCUAAGGAUGGAGUCAUGACAAACUCCAUGGUCGGUGUUAAGGGUUCCACCGAAGUGAAACCUCCCUGACCCCCAUCGCAGUCACCACAGUGUCCACUAACUAAAGAUGGAGAGAAAAGCCCAAAAGGGCCAGCACACAUGGACAUUAUGGCCUAGGAGGUGUGCCAAAAGCCAGGGAGCCAGGCUGAGGUGUAGCCUUAUACAUGGCUGUCGCCCCUUGAGCCACAGGUGACUGUUGAAUGAAGGAAGGCAUGUUAUGAGUGUGUAGAGAAAGUUUUUUAACAUGGUGGCAUCGCCUGGUUUUUAACAUCCUAUGCUUUUAAUCAAGAACUUAACAAUUGUAAUGCAAGAGCUAUGGGAAGUCU